AUGGCCGCCUCCGCCGCCGGCGCCGGCAAGUCACUGAUCCAGACAUUCCGCAAAUUCUUCAAGAAGCCGUGGGAGAUCACCGGCCCGUGCUCCUCGCCCGAGUACCGCAGCGCGGUCCCGGGCGCGCUCGAAUACCGUCAAACCUGCCCGGCCACCCUUCGCGAGGACUCCCCCAGGGCCAUCAUCCCCACCUCCGACCCGGAGACCGUGUUCGACAUCAAGUACUACCCGCGCGACGGCCGCCGCAACCGCCCGCCCGUCCGCCGCACCCUCCUCCGCAAGCCCGACCUCGAGCGCUACAUGGCCGCCAAGCAGUUCGACCCCGCCAAGGACUUCCCUGUCCCCUACGUCAAUUCUGCCGUCGAGGAGGACUACAGCGCCGUCGGCGGCGGUUACACCAAGUGA